ACUUCACAAUCACAAUUGACACGUUUCAGUCCGGAAAGAGCUCCGCACAGCUUCUAAGAACUUUGCGACAGGCCUGCACGAUGAAUCUCUGGGCUUUGAUGGCCUACACAUCACUGCUAAGUCGCUUUCUUAUCGCGCAUGCCUCGCCUGAAGCAGGUCCACAGGCUCCAUCCGUCAGAAAGCGACCGCCUGGGAGCUCAAGUGGACAACAAGCACUUUCGAAUGCAACAGGCGCAGAGGAAGAACCAAGAUCAAAAGUUGGCAAGGCCAAGGGCACGAGACCGAACUUGUUUGUGCUUUACGAUAGCAAAUGCUACCAUUUGCGAUUCGAAGUAAAACGCUUGUUGAACCCGGAGAAGUUCCCACAAUUGACCCAAGAGGACUGUGAGACAAGAUGCAAACAAUCCAUCAUCAAGUAUUGCCGUGGGAAGGAAUUUAUGACCCGUAAACAUCAAAAGACGGACUGUAUUCGGUCGGGUCAUUGCAUACGGUCGAGAGCAAUAAACAUCACUGAAAGGAGCUGUUCAGACAGACUGACGGCUGCGGCAGCGCUGCAAACAUGUUAUCUAGAGGGAUGCGCUUGCAGUGCUACUGUGGAUGUCUGGCGUAUCAAACGAUACGGACCUGCAACUCCGAAUGACCAACACAAUUUUUUCGGACCGCGGGUCGAAGGCAAAGCCUUGCCGCUUUGUCAUCCAGAAAAUAUGGUGAAGAAGUUUGAGGCCAAUCGAUGGCAAAUUGGAAAAUGGUCUGUUGUGCAAACAGACAUCGAUUGUGAUGAGGUCUUGACAGAGGAGGACGAAUGCAGCUGCACAGGACCAGGUAAAAGACCUUGUAAGGCUGUCGAAACCUUUACGACUAGCCGCUGCGCUCUCGACAAUCCUGGGCCCCACGGAGGAUGCAUAUGCGCAGCAGAGCACCAUAGGCAAUGCAUGGCUGAGACAGGGCCCAAAUCGCCAGCUGCGGAUGAGGUAAGUUACUUCGCUGAACUUGAAAACGAAUUUGGGGCCAAUUAUUUCGAGCUCGACGACUUGUUAUAGUAGUUCCGCCGGUAGUACGACUUGCGAUUGCGAUGAUGAGAAUGACUUUCGAAAUCCAAUUACUAUUCAUCUUUCUGCAGGUUAACGACUUCAGGCUCCUCCCAAGCUGCAAUAGCAAAUGCAGCAAACACGAUGAAACAAAGUGACAGGGAAGAAGUCGACUACGAACACAAAGUAAAUUUACCUACGUCAUGCAUGUACUGAGACGCGCCCGACAGCUACAUUGAUAUUGACGGCGAACAGCAUCAAUUAUCAUGCAAACCCGUUGCGAAGCCAUUCAGAUUUUGUGCUUAAUGUGAUAACCCCCACACUUCACUACAAGAUGGGUAUCGGAAAAUAGGUUGAGUUUGCUCGGAGUGCUCACAACGUGCACGCGUAGAAAGCUAGACUUGGUUCAAGCGGCAUUACAGAGAUGGGGUUUUUUGUUAUAUUCCCUUCUUGCUACAGACUACAGCAAUGGAUGACUAAUUAGG